UUAUCCUCCUCGAUUCGUCACCACCAUCACAGAUCACAAUGGCAGGUUCUGUGACGGCGUCGUUUCGUUCCUUCAGUUGCGCUGCGCUUGCAGUUUCAGUGGCGCUCUUGGUUAUGGCGACCACGUCCGGCAGUAGCAGCAGGGCUGGGUUCAGCGUGGAGCUCAUCCCCCGAGACUCCCCUCGCUCUCCCUUCUACAAUCCCUCAGAAACUCCUUUUGCCCGCCUGCGCAACGCCCUGCGACGUUCCAUUAAUCGCGCCAACCGCUUAGCCGCCGCCGUCUCGACAACGGACGCAGCCUCCGGUGGGCUUUCCCAGGUGACCGUCAAUAACGGAGAAUACCUUCUCAACAUAUCUCUCGGUACGCCACCCACCGAGAUCCUUGGCAUCGCCGACACCGGCAGCGACCUCAUCUGGACGCAGUGCACCCCAUGCACCCAAUGCUACAAGCAAAAAGCACCACUGUUCAACCCCAAGAAAUCCUCCACUUACAAGUCCAUCGGCUGCCAGUCCACCGCUUGCACUUCCUUCGACAGCGCCUCCUGCAGCAGCAGCGUCUGCCAAUACACCGUGCAGUACGGAGACCAAUCCUACUCCAUAGGCACUCUCUCCGCCGACACCAUCACCCUGGGUACCACCGAUGGCAGGCCGGUCUCCCUCCCCAGGACAAUUUUUGGGUGCGGGUACAGCAACGACGGGACCUUCGAUGAGAACGGGUCGGGGAUCAUCGGCCUCGGAGGCGGCGAUUACUCCGCCAUUUCCCAGAUGGAAUCCCUCAUCGACGGCAAGUUCUCCUACUGCCUUUUGCCCAUCGGAACCACGGGAUCCAGCACGAUGAACUUCGGCGCCGAGGCUGCAGUCACAGGCGCCGGGGCGGUUUCUACUCGCAUAGUUGCGAAAUCACCAAGCACAUACUAUUACCUUACGUUGGAAUCCAUUAGCGUGGGAGACCAAACCGUUGAAUUUGUUUCUUCUUCUUUGUCUUCUUCGUCUUCUGAUGGUGGUGGUUCCAACAAAGCCGUGGAAGAGGGCAACAUCAUCAUUGACUCGGGGACGACCUUGACGAUUUUGCCGACGGAUUUUUACGACCGGUUGGAAUCGGAAGUGGCGAAGGCAAUUGAUUUGCCGCGGGUGGAAGACCCACAGGGCUCGCUGUCACUUUGCUACAGCACUCAAAAGGACAUUGAUGCUCCGGCCAUCACUGCGCAUUUCACCGGCGCGGACGUGAAGUUGAAACCAUUGAACACAUUUGUGAGAAUAGCGGAUGACAUUGUGUGCCUCACAUUCGUUUCCAGUACAAGCUUGGCCAUCUUCGGUAACUUGGCCCAAAUGAACUUCUUGGUGGGGUAUGAUCUCAAGGCGAGGACCGUGUCCUUCAAGCCCACUGACUGCUCGGCUGUGUAAUUCAUUUUGGCGGCCGAUGUAACUCAGUGCAUCUAAGGCACGUAGGAAUUAAUGGGACUGGAAUGAAAAAUAGAAUAAGGUAUAAGUAGGAACGAAAUAAGGUUUAAGUAGGAAUGAAAUCAUCCUUUUCGGUCAUUACUUGGUUACAAACUGAGAACAAUAUUUGCAUUCUUAAUUCAAAUGCUCAUGUUUAUAGUCCUAGUGUGAGACACGUGUUGCACGUGGAAUUAAAAAUUUAGAUUAUACCUUCCUCUUAAAGCCUUGAUAUUGUUGAGCAUUAA